UGGAGCUAAGAGCCGAGAAGACUCAGGCAGGAAAGAUGAAGGAGCUGGUGGUGUUUCUGCUUUGCCUCGUCCUGCUGGCCACUGAAACAGUUGCCAAUCCUGUCAUCAGGGAGAAGUUUGCCAAGCAGCUUCUUCGCAGCAAGAGGCAGGACUGGCCGGUGAAGGCCGGCCACCCCGACGAACCAAUGAGGGAGCAUCUGCUCCGCAUGCAGGCGCUGGACCAGCGGGCCCAGGAGACCAACAUGGAGUACUGGCUGAACCCGCACUGCCCCCCGCGCUGCGACCGCAACUACGGACAGCCGGUCUGAGCGCCAAG